AUGUCGGGCCUCAAACCUCUUGUUCUCCUGACCGGACCCAAUGGGUUCGUCGGAGCUCAUGUCCUCUCAACACUCAUCGGCCACCAAUAUCGUGUCCGGGGCACCUUGCGCUCCCUUUCCAAAUCCCGCUUCAUCGCCGACAAAUAUCCCGAAGCCAUCAAGUCGGGUGACCUUACCUUUGUUGAAGUGCCGGACAUCCAAGCUCCCGGCGCGUUGGACGGCGCGGUUGAAGGAGUCGACUAUAUCUGUCACGUCGCCAGCCCCUAUUUUACGUCUUCCACCGACCCGAUCAAGGAGCUGGUGGAGCCGGCCGUCAACGGUACUCGAAAUGUAGUGUCUUCGGCGUUGAAGUCCACGACACUGAAGAGGCUGACCAUCAUGAGCUCUUUCGCUAGCGUGGUGGAUCUUUCCAAGAAUCCACGACCGGGUUACAAGUACACCUCAGACGAUUGGGAUCCGGUCACUAUGGAGGAAGCGGCAAAAGAUGGAUUUUACGGCUAUCACGCUUCCAAGACCUUUGCUGAACGAGCAGCGUGGGACAUGUGGCGAAGCGCAAGAGAGAAGGGCGAGAUCACAUGGGAUCUGGUGACUUUCUGUCCGCCAAUGGUUUAUGGACCUCCGAUCCAGGAGGUAAACGUUGCGAAAGGAAUCGAUGGUUUGAACACGAGCAUCAAGAGGCUUGUCACUUCAAUCCAGGGCAAGGACCCAAGCUUUGCGCCAAAGGUCGCAACCCCAGGGCUGCCUGCGUGGGUGGACGUGAGAGAUGUGGCGGAAGCGCAUUUGAGAGGUUUGCAGUUGGAGAAGGGUGUGAGUGAGAGGUUCCUUCUCUGUGGAGGAGUCAACUACUUUGAGGACGGGCUGGCUGGACUAAGGGCGAAAGGAGAGAAAGGCCUGGGAGAGGAAGGGGCACAUUGCGAUUCGCGAAACCAUUUCAGCAUCGACAGAAGCAAAGCAGAGCAUGUGCUGGAUCUGAAGUUUACGCCAUUUCAGAAUACGGUCGAGGAUUCGUGGGAGGCUGUCAAGAAGCUGGGCCUGCUUUGA